UUUUAGCUACUAUUUUAAAAGUAUGGAUACCGACUUUAGACCAAACCCUUUAUGUUUGCCGCUCCAGAAACUUAGCUAUGGUUUGGGACACAUUUUUAAUGAUUUAUGCGCCGCUAUGUGGUUCAGUUACACUUUGUUUUUUCUUCAAGUGGUGUUAGAAAUGAAAUCUACAACAGCUGGAUUUCUCCUUAUGACUGGCCAAAUUGUAGAUUCUUUGGCAACACCAAUUGUUGGUUACUGUAUUGAUUAUAUCGAAUAUCGAAGGUUGUGGCAUUUAGCAGGAACUGCUGCAGUGGCUUUAGGAUUUGCUCUAAUAUUUUCCUUAAAACCAGCCACAUUUUCAACUGCUAUAAUUGUGUAUUAUGUAAUCAGUAUAAGUUUGUUUCAAAUUGGAUGGGCAACUGUUCAAAUAUCACAUUUAUCUAUCAUACCAGAAAUCUCAAGAAGCAACAGACACAGCUCUGACUUAACGGCAAUAAGGUACAUCGCUUCUGUUUGUUGUAAUAUAUGUGUAUAUAUAAUAACACUUAUUGUACUUAAAAGUGACGGAGUUGCAGAUAACAUAGGACCUAAUGACUUUUACAAAUUUAAGGAAAUAGCUCUUCUAAUUAUCUUCAUCGGGUUAAUAUCAUCGAUGUUGUUCUACUGUGGAUUAUUAGGUAGCUAUGAAGAAGAAUACGAGCCAUUAUUAAGAGACGAAACUGUUCAAAUGGAGAUGACUGAAUUGGAUAAACCGACAAAACAUUUUUUAAAACAAACUCUUAUAUAUUGUGUUUCUGUUAUGUACAUGUGUUCCAGAUUAUUUACAACUUUAAACUUGAUUUAUAUGCCUCUUUACAUAGAAGAACGAGGUAUGUUAAAUGAUAUGGAAAAGGAAAGAAUGAGGCAGAGCAUUGCUAGUAUUCCUUUAACUUCUUAUAUAGCGUCGUUUUUAACAUCUCUAUUUCUCAAAUUUCGUGUUGGUGUUGUUGGAGAUAAGGUUAUAUAUCUAAUUGGAGUUUUAAUUGGACUAAUCACAUCUGUUUGGAUUGGAGUAGGAGUUUCCUCAGAAACUGACACUGAGCUGUACAGUAUUGCUGCUCUAUUAGGAAUAACUGGAUCAACUACCAUGGUAUCCAGUCUCUGCUUAACAGCAAAUUUUGUAAAAAGUAAUGGAUCUGGAGGGGGCAUGAUCUACAGUUUUGUAACAUUUACGGAUAAGCUUAUAUCAGGAUCAGUUGUCUUUAUUGUCCAGCACCUCCAGUGCACACCAAAAAGCUCCUGUCCAUAUUUUUACAACAAUGUACUGACCUAUAUAUGUGCUUCAGUGUCUAUUUUUGCCUUAUUAGCUUUAAUAGUAUUAUACAGUAAAAGAAAUUUAAUUUAAGAUUAAAUAAAGAGUUA